CGUAACGCCGGCCCUCGUUGAAAGGACGACAAGUGCGUUAGCGGAGCCUCUCCGUUUCGUCUCCAUCUCAUCAUCGUCGUCGUCGUUGUCUUUUUCCUCGGAAUCUUGAUUCGAAUUCGAUCUGCGAUUCUUCGUCGGUUCCAACUGAGAAUUUCGAGGGUUUCGAUCGGCUUCCGGUUGUUUCGCGGCCCAAGGGUUCCAGAUUUUGAGCGGUCUUCCGUAGCUGGUUUCUGAUUCUCGCCCAAGAGGAUCAUGCUGUCGUUUGCUUGUUCCUGCUGUUGGGAGUUGAUGCGCGCAUGGUUGGCUGACGACGAGAGAGAGCACGCCGGUCCGCAAUCAUGCGGGCGGCCAUGGCUGUGUGUACCAGCGUGCUCUUUCUCGUUGUCACCCAGCUGGCUUGCCCUCGCCAUGAGACCUCUUCUGCUCCAGGUUUUUCUUCUUUAGCUAUUCGAUGAUGCUUCGUGAUUCACCUUUCUGCAGCUAUCUAUCUCCCGCUGUCGGUCUAUAUUUGUCGUUAUUAAAUUGGACUUAUUAGGUUUCUGUGACUUGAGCGGUAGGAUGUUUGGUUAGUGGCAGUUGAGACCUUAGGGUUGCAUUCUAUACGUCCGUCCAUGUGAUUUUUGCUUCUCAUGAAUUCUUUCAGGCCUUCUUUCUAACAUCCAAGAUUUGGACUUCGGGAUCAUUGCUCUAAUAGAGAUCCACAUGGGUUAUUUUGAAGAUAGUACUUAGCUUGCCAAAUUGUUUGGAGCUUCAUUCUCUCUAUAGAGUAUAUGCCAAUUUAUUUUUAUAAGGUUUGUGGAAUUCCAUGGUUUCAUAGAUAUUUAGAUGGAUGAAAGCGUAAUUGAUGUAUAUUGAAUCAGUGCUUGGAUAUGAGCCAAGGAUCCAUCUAUUGUUUUCAGAUCGAAGCUAAGUCAUGUAAUGAAAUGGAUAAUGGAUAAUGGAUAAUGGUGAAAGAAGCUUGGGAAAUAUCCGAUGCAUACGAACUUAAUAAGAAACCGUGUCUACUUUUUAGGUAAUUAAACAUCAAGGAUAAUCUACAUCUGAUCCAAACUUCUUAUAUGGAUCCUCACUUCAUAGCAUGUGUACUAGUCCUCUAUUAGUGCCGUUAGGUAACUGAAUUUGUCUUCUCUAAUCCGUGGUGUUGUGUAUAUGACUUUCUGCUGUUGCACUACUUUGGCUUUAGCUAUCUAGUACUUUUUGCUCCGAUUAAAUGGUCAAAAUGUUUCUUCAUGUUAAUUAUUGCUUCUUUAGCAUCCUCAUUUGAGGCAUACUUUUUUUUCCAAGUUUUUCCUAUAAUUCUAUAAAUUUUCUUUCUGAUGGAUGGAGGUGUGUACUUUUGUCCACAGAUAUUUUGUGCAUGCAAAUUACAUGAACACAAGUGUCUAAUCUUUAUUUUGCAAAAAAUACAAGCUUCACAAUCCAUGAGACUAUUUUGGAUUGUACUCUUUUUGGAUAAUCUAGAAUUUUAUGCUUGCACUGGUUAAUAUUUCUAAUAAACGUUACACAUGUCAUAUGUCAAACAUGUUUUGGAUGAACUUUGUGAUCUAUGCCUUAGUUUUGGUUUCCUAUUUCUGUCCAUAGAUAUUUUGUGCACGCAAAUCACAUGAACACAAGUGUCUAAUCUUUAUUUUGCAAAAAAUACAAGCUUCACAAUCCAUGAGACUAUUUUGGAUUGUACUCUUUUUGGAUAAUCUAGAAUUUUAUGCUUGUACUGGUUAAUAUUUCUAAUAAACUUUACAUAUGUCAUAUGUCAAACAUGUUUUGGAUGGACUUUGUGAUCUAUACCUUAGUUUUGGUUUCCUAUUUUUGUACGUUGAAGUAGUAACUUCAAGAUGAAAACUGCAAGAAAUGUAUAUUCAUAAAAAUGUUUUGAUCAUGAGAAUAGAAGUAUUACCUUAUACACAAUUUCUUAAGUAUUAUGAUAUAGUGGCUAAUGAAUACAUCUGUUGUCUCUGAAGGAUACUGUAGGAAUUGAUAAUUUCACAUCUAGUUACACGCUAGUCAAUGUUCUCCACAUAUUUAAUAUUUGCUACUGAAGUUGCCAAGCAUGUUCCCUGUAGUUAAUAUGUAAAUUCUGUUCAUAACACUGAUUUGAACAUGACAUGAACACACAUUGAUGCAGUACUAAAUAACAGAACAUGUUUCAUUAAUAAAAUAUAUAACUGAUUUUUAAGAGGUUCUGUAAAACUAAAUAGAGAGUUCUGGAGGAAUCAAUUAGCACUUCUAGACAAAUGGAUUACUUAUGAGACAAUUUAUUGAUGAUAAUGAUACAAUGCAAACAACUUGGACUUGUGUAUGCAUAAAACUUUGAGAUCAGUGUUACAAGAAUUGGAGUGACGAGCCUUUAGUUCAUAAAAUAUGCAUUAUCUUUUAGAAAGAGUAACAUGCUGAAAGCACCAAAUACUGAUAAGGGAAUUGCAAAGUUUUUGUUUUAGAGUAUAUUUGACUGCACAACAUGGCUGGUAUUAAAAUAUUCACAUAAUAAAUGAUGGAGAAUCAAGUAAGUGUCCAAUUUCUCAGUAUAAUUUUAUAGUAGCAAACUCAAACUUUAGAUAGCCAAUUAUGGUUAAUUACAUUUGUAUAUACUGGCACUUAACCCUAAUCCAAGAACUUUUGAGGGCAUAAUUUUUUAAUUGGGUUUUGAUUUUUCCUCAAUUCCAUGUCCUUUUCAGGAGAGAAGGAUUGUGGAUGCAUUCCUUCUCCUACAACAAUUGGUAGCUCUGGUUUCAAGCUUCUCUUCAUCAUGUUGUCUCAUUACCAUCAUUAGUUCAUAAUCUAGAUGUGCCUAGAGAUGAGAAUGCUAUAAGUGAUCCAUCAGAAAAUACUACUGGUACUGUUGUGCUUGCAUCUAAAGUGGAAAUUCCUAGCGUGUUCCAGUCUUCCAGAAGAAGAUUGGUGAUGAUGAUGCUGUAUGUAUCUUAGCAUAAUGCUGAGUUGCCAGAUUUAGGUUAUGAAUUCCUCUGAACAACCUAAUAUUUAUUUGCCAGAUUAGUUAGGUUACACAAUCCUCUAUCAGGGAGUAUAAUUCUCUUACUUUGUAGAUAUUUACUCUUAGGAAGAUUACAUGCACAAAGCAUCAUGUUUCUUUAUAUAACUGUUAUGCUUAUAUAUUUUCCACUUCUUUUUUAUGGGCUAUCUUGUUUUCUUUCUGUUCAUCAAGACCUGGGACUCGAUAGAUCUAUACCAUGAUUUUUCUUUCUGAGGUAUAAAGCCAGCUUGGAUUAUGAUUGAUCUACUAUGGAAUAUAAGGAAACCAUUGUUCUUAUUGUCAAAAUAAACUAAAAGAGUUAUCUUACUGUUAGCAGUUUACUUUUCCUGGUAGUAAUACCAUUUGAUGUUCAAAAUGCUUUUUGCAAUGGUGAUCCCAAGGGAAAGUCUUCUAAAUCAGUCUUCUUGGAUUUGAAGCUACUGAAAGAGUUCACAAUUGGAGGAAUGUUCUAUUUGGUCUAUCCAUAUACUUGGUUUGACAGCCUAAGAAAAGCUGACUAAAUUGGGUCACAUCAACUAGAAUGUUGAUCACUUUGGGAAAAGAAAGCACUAUGCAUCAUUAAACUUAUGUGUGUGUGUGUGUGCGUGCGCGCAUAUAUAUGACAGGGUAAUAAUAGGAAGCAAUUCAUAUGGGAUAAAUAAGUUGAAGUUAUAUUUCAAAGAUAUUUAAGUUCUAAGGUACUGGAAAUCUUCUGCAGGUACAUUGUCAUGAGGCUAGUAGUGCACAACAAUCAUAGAUAUUUAAGUUCAAGGUACUGGAAAUCUUCUGCAGGUACAUUGUCAUGAGGCUAGUAGUGCACAACAAUCAUAGGUGAGGGUAUCAUUCUGUAAAUAAUCACUUACAUUUGUUUCAGUGGAUGAAAAAGAUGGUUUAUUCUUUUAAUUCAGAAAUCAUGCCCAGUAAAAACCCUGGAUUCUAAAAUUUUAGAACUUUUAUCUGAUUUGUGCCUAUACUACAGAUACACAUCAAUUCAAAAAAUGUUAUAUUACACAUGUGGAUAUGCACACAUUUAUAUACUGAAAUUAUCUAGUACACUGGCUUGAUUUAAAUGAAAUUACAAGUAAAUAUGAAAUUUAACAGAAAGACUUAUAUGUUAUAAUUUGCUUAGCUAAAGACAUUAUCUCAAGCCUAAGCAUCAUGUAGUGAAAAACGAAUGGCAAUGCUAUGCAGAAUCAGAUGCAUCCAACUUAAAAAAGGAUGAUAGUUGAACUUAUGGAGCAAUUUUGGUCCAUGAAAUCUGUAGAUGCUGCUCAUAACCUUUUAUUUAGUUGAUGAAAGAAUGAACAAGUCCAUCAAACCUUGAUUCUAUGAGGAAUGAAAUGUUACAUGCAGCCUUUGAAAUGAGGAAGGUUGCAAGACAAUGAAACAGGGUAUUCCUUAUUAUUCUCAAUAAGUUUCACCUUCCCAAUACAUUAUUUAUGUCACUCAUUUAGAUUGGAGAGGAUCAGACAUUGUAUGUGGUCUUGGUCAAUUGUUAGACCAUGAAGUUGGAUUAUUUAUUCCAGGGAAUGGUUUAGGUUUAUGCAACCAACAUGAAAAAUUAAGAAAUCAAACUGAACUGGAGAGUUCAGUUUAGUUCAAUUUGUUUUCUUUAAACAUUGGGUGCUUGGUUUUGAUUUCAGGUAUGAGUAAAUAUAUAUAUUUUGCUCCACUUUCAAUUUUUAUGAGAAAAUGGAUAAUCUUCCACAAGAAAGUCUGCUUAUAAACUGAUAGCUCAGAAAGGAUAAUUUUAGAAAUAGGAAAAAAAAGAUCUAAGAUGGUAAUAGAUGGUUUUGCAUUUGUUUUGUUUGUACUCCAUUUGUUUUAUUUGAUAAAAGACGUUGAAUGAAAUUACCCAUAUUAUGUAAAUGAUACUUGUUUAUAUUUUCAUUCUUUUGAAGUGUUGGUAUAUUCAGAAAGGAGUCUUAUGGCCCUUGAAUGCUUAAAUAUGAUCCAGUAUAAAAAUUAGGUCAUUGUGGGAUAAUAGAACUUCUUUGGUUCAUUUUCUUCGACAAAUCCUUCAUAUGCAUAAAUAGUAAAACACCGGCUAUAACAUUAUACAUUCAUAUUCUGAGUGCAUUUAGUAGACCAAGAAUAUACCUUAAGAUUCUUAAUUAUGUUGGUACUCCAUUUUUUUUAUUUGAUUAAAGAUGUUGAAUGAAAUUACCCAUAUUAUGUAAAUUAUACUUGUUUAUAUUUUCAAUCUUCUGAAGUGUUGGUAUAUGCAGAAAGGAGUCUAAUGGCUCUUGAAUGUUCAAAUAUAAUUCAGUAUAAAAACUAGGUCAUUGUGGGAUAAUAGAACUUCUUUGGUUCACUUUCUUCAACAAAAUAUUGGAUCCAAUGUGACCCCACCCUUGGUUAAAAACCAAUUCUGAUAUACAUUAGUGACCAUUUUGAGCUUAAAUUUAAUAAUGGUUUCAGUAUAUUUAAUCCUUCAUGUGCAUAAAUAGCAAAACACUAGCUAUAACAUUAUACAUUCAUAUUCUGAGUGCAUUUAGUAGACCAAAAAUAUACCUAAAGAUUCUUAAUUAUGUUAUGACUUGAAUUUUAAGACAUGAUCCUUACAGAAUUUGUUCAUAUCCGGAAGUGAUUUGUUCAUUUAAUUUGAGAGACCACAGAUGUAAAUCUUUGUUUGGUGUAUUUAUCCUUUGUUGUGUAAAGACCCCUUCUUGUCUCUAGCUUAAUUGUCAUACUGACACUUAUCUGUGUUGAUCCUAGCUAUUGCAAGUUUUUGUGGAAAAUUCUCCUUUUUAUAGAUUAUCAUGAGAUUAUCCAAACCUUUUGAUUAGCUUUGUUACAAUUUGCAAGUAUAGUGAAGUGUUGCUGGCCUGAUACAGUUAAUCACUUUUUGGCUGAGAUUACCAGAUGUUAUUGUCAUAUUGUUUUUGAACUCAUCUUUCUUUGAUAAGAAAAUAAAUUGAUUUUCUAAUAUUUUGUGAGUGUGACACUUACCAUCAAGUUUUAUUAUCUUACAUUUUCCUUUUACCUAAAGAAAAAAGAUGUGUAGAUGAUGCUUUAACUUUCUCCUGUGUUCAUGUUUGUCGAUGCUGCUGAAAAGAAUAAAGCAAUUGAAUUGUCAUUUGAAGGACUUCACAAGAAGGGAGGGAAUAUUACUUGAUUUCUUUCCUUUUAGGGUUGUAAAUGCUUGGAUUUAGUCAUCUUGCUUAUCAAGAGACUACUCUCUGCAUAUUUUGAUGUCGUCUCAAGCAAGAUGAAAGCUAUCCUCCCUCAGUUUCUCAUGUUUUCUGGAGUAAAUUGGAUAACUGACAACUAAUUAACACGGUCUUCUAACUUUCUUAAUGAACUAAUUUGUGCUAUUAACAACGCUAUUAAAUCAGCUUAAUUCCCUUGUUCUCCAGAUAAGGUAACAUCCUUUAUUGACUGCACCCUAAUUACACCACAUACAAAUGUUUGCAUUAGUUUUAAUCUCAUUGUCCUUUGGAUACAUGCUAUCCAUGUCCUAGAAGACAUCUCUCCCUCGCUCUCUUUCUCUCUUUCCAAUGGAUUUUGGGAGCUUCAAAGUCAACAUGAGCAACGGACUCUUCCCAGAAGCUUGUGCUGAUCCAUUUGACAAAGUAGCUAAUGGCUUCCCCUAUGGUUUUGAUGGCUACUUCCCUGACAAGUUGUCUCCACCAUAUGACAGCAUAGAGUCCAGGGUCCCAACUGAAGACAUCCAGGAUGUGGUGUUGCCAUUCUGUGUCACACAGCCUAAUCUUAGCAUAGCUUCGAUGGCUCACACCUUUGAGCCUCCCAUUGCUUGCAGAUGCCCCGGCGAGCUCAGUGUCAUCAACCAUCAUCCUCAGAUGGAAGUCGAGAUGAAUAGGAAGUCUAUGUCCGCAAGAAGAAAUGGUGGUAAAGCACAGAAGAAAACCAACGUGGUUAAAGGCCAAUGGACCCUCGAAGAAGACAGGUUGUUGAUAAGACUAGUGGAACAGUAUGGACUGAAAAAGUGGUCUCACAUUGCUCAGAUGUUACAUGGAAGAAUAGGAAAGCAGUGCAGAGAGAGAUGGCACAACCAUCUGAGGCCUAACAUCAAGAAGGAUACAUGGUGCGAGGAGGAGGACAAGAUACUGAUCCAAGCUCACUCCGAAAUCGGCAACAAGUGGGCUGAGAUCGCCAAGAGGCUCCCGGGCAGGACUGAGAACUCCAUCAAGAACCACUGGAAUGCAACCAAGCGUAGGCAGUUCGCCAGACGGCGGUGCCGCAACACCAGGAACCCCAAGUCCGGCAUGCUCCUGCAGAACUACAUCAAAAGCCUGGCACUCAGCCCCGCACCCUCGACAAGAAAGCGCAAGCCCGGCAACAGCUCCAAAUCCACCGUGAGCGCCAUGCCCGCCGAGGAGCCCAGCACGGCCGCAGAUGCCUACCGGGACGGCGACGACCACUUAGUCCCUGCCUGCGACUUCAGCGACGUCAUGGUCAGCCUGCUGUUUGAGGACGAGGAGAAGGUCCCGGCUGAGGGGUACGAUGUCGGCCACCUGUUCGACCAGCUCGGCUGUGGUCUAGGCGUUGACAAGAGCUUGGAGAUGGAGAUGGAGUACUGGGAUGACAUCGUCGCCACACCGCAGUCGUACGAGGACGUGAAGCCGGAGAUGGACUUGGUGGAGAUGAUGUCUCAGAACAGCAGCACUAGCAAUAACAUGUCAUGAGAUGAUCUGCUUACGUCAAACCUAUAACAACACCUAUGUGAUAGAAAAUAUAUAUAGAGGGAUAUCGGUAAUUAUUGGAACUUAAAAAUAAUAAUAAGCCUAUAGUUAUUUAAACUU